UAUUUUCUGUUGGUUGCGGUCAGGCUGACGUCUGUCAUUCAUUCUGUAAUUUGGAAAUUCAUUCAGCUGAAGGCAAAAUGUCUGUUUUCAUAUAUUUCGUCUAAAAAUAUUUACCUUAUUUACCUAUAAAACAACGCAUCUUUGUUCGUUUUGUACUUCAUAUCCGAUAAACAAAGUUACGACUUUGCGUGAAGAUUAUUAAAAUUGAAUAAAGUUAUCGCACAAUAAUGGAUUCGUGCACUGGAGUGGAGCAAGAUUUGGACAAAGCCUUAACAAAAUUCAACUCUCUAAAUGAUCAUACAAACAGAGUUCUGCAGGACAUUAUAGACCAAGUUGAAGAACUGCGAAAAGAAAUCGCAAAACAGCCUGAAAACACACCACUGUCUCCAGCACAAGCUAUGGUGGUUAGUGAUUUAGCCUCAUCAGUCAAACAGACUGUGUUUCAAAUGUCUACAGAGCAUAGAGAACUCCAUGCUACAGUGUCUAGAGUGGGCAAAUCAAUUGAUAGGCACUUCAUUGCUGAUUAUGCCUCUGUGGCACCCAAGGCUGAGUCCUUUUGCAAUGACACCAACAGGCCUAUUAUGGAACAGGCUAUUGCUCAACAUUUAUAUAGACAGGGUUUAGAGGACGUCGGCGACACGUUCGUCGAAGAAGCGAAGGUGACGGGCGUGGAGCGAACUUGUACGUUCGCGUUACUGCAGCGCUGUGCCGCCGCUCUGUCCGAGGGCGAUCCCAGCGCAGCCCUGCACUGGACCGAGAGGAGGGCUCAUGAGCUACAUAACUCACCGCUGCCGUUUACUUUGCAUAGGAUGCAGGCGUUCAAGCUGGCGCGCGAGCAGGGCGUGGGCGCGGCCAUCGCGUACGCGCGGCGCUGCUUCCCCGCGCACGCCGCGCGGCACGAGCGCGCGCUGCAGGCCGCCGUGUGCGCGCUCGCCUGGUGCACGCCGGGCGCCGGCCCCGCGCCCGACAUCUACCAGCACCUGCUCGACCCCAAGGCGCUCGGUACGUACACAGCACUCGCUGCAGGCCGCCGUGUGCGCGCUCGCCUGGUGCACGCCGGGCGCCGGCCCCGCGCCCGACAUCUACCAGCACCUGCUCGACCCCAAGGCGCUCGGUACGUACACAGCACUCGCUGCAGGCCGCCGUGUGCGCGCUCGCCUGGUGCACGCCGGGCGCCGGCCCCGCGCCCGACAUCUACCAGCACCUGCUCGACCCCAAGGCGCUCGGUACGUACACAGCACUCGCUGCAGGCCGCCGUGUGCGCGCUCGCCUGGUGCACGCCGGGCGCCGGCCCCGCGCCCGACAUCUACCAGCACCUGCUCGACCCCAAGGCGCUCGGUACGUACACAGCACUCGCUGCAGGCCGCCGUGUGCGCGCUCGCCUGGUGCACGCCGGGCGCCGGCCCCGCGCCCGACAUCUACCAGCACCUGCUCGACCCCAAGGCGCUCGGUACGUACACAGCACUCGCUGCAGGCCGCCGUGUGCGCGCUCGCCUGGUGCACGCCGGGCGCCGGCCCCGCGCCCGACAUCUACCAGCACCUGCUCGACCCCAAGGCGCUCGGUACGUACACAGCACUCGCUGCAGGCCGCCGUGUGCGCGCUCGCCUGGUGCACGCCGGGCGCCGGCCCCGCGCCCGACAUCUACCAGCACCUGCUCGACCCCAAGGCGCUCGGCGCGGAAGCAGCAGAGCUAUUUAUAAAGGAAGCUUGUGCGUUACUCCGUCUCGCGCCGCUGUCGCCUCUGGCGGGCGGCGUGUUGGCGGGGGCCCGUGUGCUGCCCGCAUUACACGACAUCAGAGCCAAGAUGACGCAUCCACAUGUCAUCGCUGCGUGGUCUGAUGAUGAACUGCCUUUUGAGGUGGACCUCGGCGAAGAUGGUGGCGGCUACCACUCAGUGUUCGCGUGCCCCAUCCUCCGGCAGCAGGCGUCGGAGCAGAACCCGCCGAUGCGGCUGCUGUGCGGACACGUCAUAUCCAGGGACGCGCUCAACAAACUCGCUAUGGGUGCCAAAUUGAAAUGCCCCUACUGCCCGAUGGAGCAGUCGCCGGCCGAAGCCCGACAGAUAUAUUUCUCGUGAACAGUUUAGUUCAUAGAUCGUUGUUAUUUACUUGAAAUAUUUUCCACUGGUAGCACAAGGAACGAACAUGCCACGGAUAAGACAUGUUGACACAAGAGUUUGUAAUAUACGAUUUUUCAUAAAUAUAGCUAAAGAGAUUAAGGAAAAUACAGAUUUGAGUCGUUUUGUAUUUAGGUUGGCCUUCGGUUGUUUCUUUGUCUAGAUUCGAUGAUCUGGGUUACCAGAACAAUGAUUAUACUUCUAAUUUUAAAAACUUUUUUUAAGUAACCUAAUCGAAGGUUUUAGGAUUAACAUACAGGACUGAAAAAUAACAUUUGAUAUAAAUUCUGUUAUUAACAUGAAUUGCUAAAGUGACAAGUUAAUUUAGGAUUAUUUUUAAGAUUGGACUGUUGACGGAAAAAGUAAAAAACAAGUGCUGGGAUUAAACAAAAUUUAACGCGUGAGCAAAAAGUCAUAGAAUUUAAGUUUGAUCUAAAUAUUCUUCACGUGGAUAGAAGGGUGAUGAAAAGAAGUCAUCCUAUUGGAUAAUUAUGUGCAAUACAGCUGCGAAUAUAGGUUUUUUAAAGAAUUUGAAAUUACUCUUUCAUAAAAGUGGCAGAAAGAAGAUACUCCAUAGAAAUAAUCUUUUAGUAACAUACGUUAAACAGGUAAUAUGGGUUUCUUCUGUAUUUAUACGACUGUAAAAAAAUCAUACAUAGUGUAGUCAGAUUUGCUAGGUUUUUUAAAGAAAUAGACAAAGGACAGAAAAUCUUUGUAACGGUGGUGUCUUAAUAAUGUCGAACGUUGGAAAUAAUAUUCUAAUAGAUGUUAAAUAAGGUAGAUAACACUAUAUUGUAAUUUUAAGACAAAUAUUAUUAUUGUAUGUUUACGUACUGACUGGUUGUAGAGCCAUGCUUUUGUUCUUUUUUGUAAUAAAAUGAAUUCAGUAUUCAA